GUCACAACACCAUCCGUUCUAGACACAGCGUACACAACUUCACACCACCAGUAUGGUCGCUCCUAUACGAACCGGCGCCCUGCGGCAAGCAGCAACGUGUCUCCGGCAACAGCGUGCCGUGCCCACAGUGCGACCAAUGUCUCGGGAAGCACUUCGCCGCCUCGCGUCGACUCUCGCAAUCCUGGAACAACGAGAGGGCAAGCUAAACAUGUCAUCACUGGCCUCGAUCUCCGCUGCCCAGAAACUCGGAGGCAGCAUACACGGCUUCGUGGCGGGCUCAAAUAUCAAGACGGUCGCAGACGAGGCUUCCAAAGUGGAUGGACUAGAAAAGGUCAUAUAUGUGGAUAACGGUGCAUACGAUAAAGGUCUGCCUGAGAACUUUGCACCUCUGCUCGUGGAAAAUAUCAAAAAGGGAGGCUAUACACAUGUCGUGGCUGGGCAUUCAGCAUUUGGGAAGAAUCUGAUGCCUCGUGUCGCUGCUUUGCUUGAUGUGCAACAGAUUAGUGACAUUACGGAUAUUGAAAGUGAAGAUACUUUUGUCAGACCCAUCUAUGCCGGAAACGCAAUCCUGACGGUUCAGAGCGAAGACAAUGUCAAGAUCGUGACUGUGAGAGGCACGGCCUUCCCGUCUGGUGCUGCAGAGGGCGGAAGUGCUGCGGUGGAAGAGGGCACAGAUCCCAAGGCCGAAUGCCCUACAGAAUGGGUGUCUGAAGACCUGGCUAAGAGUGAUCGACCUGAUCUGGCCACUGCGGAGAAGGUGGUCAGCGGUGGGCGAGGGUUGAAGAGUAAGGAAGAGUUUGAGAAGCUUAUGCCACCACUCGCAGAUGCGCUUGGUGCUGCCAUUGGAGCAAGUCGAGCGGCGGUGGACUCUGGGUUUGCAGACAACAGUCUGCAGGUUGGUCAGACGGGAAAGAAUGUUGCACCACAGUUAUAUCUGUGUGCUGGAAUAUCUGGUGCCAUCCAACAUUUGGCUGGUAUGAAAGACUCGAAAGUGAUUGCGGCGAUCAAUAAAGAUCCAGAUGCACCCAUUUUCCAAGUGGCAGACGUGGGACUGGUGGGAGAUUUGUUCGAAAAGGUGCCAGAGCUCACUGAGAAGCUCAAAAGCUCAUAGCGCAGACAGCCCCGAUAGAACGAGUUGUUCGAGAUGCGCAACGUACACCCGGUGUCCAGCAGACGGGCGAAGAUCGAUCCAUACCUUGGGUAGGUAGGUAUGCGUGGAAGGUCAGGUACAUGCUCAUAGGUACCUUAGGUAUGUAAGUAUCUAGCACAUCCGAAGCCCACGUGGGCC